AUGGAAGGCAGCCUCCUCACAGCCUCCAUCGCAAGACCGUUGGGUUGGCAGGGGCUGGGGAGUUUCAGGAAGGGCAGGGACCCUGGUGCCUGCCAGAAUCCCUUCCUCAGGGCCUCAUCUUUCUGUCUCAGGGCAGAUGAAGUCGGCCUGAUCAUGACCAACCUGGAGAAAGCUAAUCAGCGAGCCGAGGCUGCCCAACGGGAGGUGGAAAGUCUUCGGGAACAACUCGCCUCCGUCAACAGCUCCAUCCGCCUGGCCUGCUGCUCUCCUCAGGGACCCAGUGGGGAUAAGGUGAACUUCGCGCUGUGCUCGGGCCCUCGGCUGGAGGCUGCCCUGGCCUCCAAGGACCGGGAGAUCUUGCGGCUGCUGAAGGAUGUGCAGCAUCUCCAGAGCUCCCUGCAGGAGCUGGAGGAGACCUCCGCCCACCAGAUCGCAGACCUGGAGCGGCAGCUCACCGCCAAGUCUGAGGCCAUCGAGAAGCUAGAAGAGAAGCUCCAGGCACAGUCUGACUAUGAGGAAAUUAAAACAGAGCUGAGCAUCCUGAAAGCCAUGAAGCUGGCCUCCAACACCUGCAGCCUCCCCCAGGGCAUGGCCAAGCCCGAAGACUCACUGCUCCUGGCAAAGGAGGCCUUCUUCCCUGCGCAGAAAUUCCUUCUGGAAAAGCCCGGUCUUUUGGCCAGCCCUGAGGAGGACCCUUCGGAGGAUGAUUCCAUCAAGGACUCUCUGGGCACGGAGCAGUCCUACCCGUCCCCUCCACAGCUCCCACCACCACCAGGGCCUGAAGACCCCCUGUCCCCCAGCCCAGGGCAACCCUUGCUGGGCCCCAGCCUGGGCCCCGAUGGCCCUCGGACUUUCUCACUGUCCCCCUUCCCCAGCCUGGCUUCAGCAGAGAGACUGACAGGGGAGACCCUGCUGUCCAAGCACAUGAUGCCCCCGACUGCCUUCAAGGGGGAAGCAGGAGGCCUGCUAGUGUUCCCCCCAGCUUUCUAUGGCGCCAAGCCCCCCGCGGCCCCUGCUACCCCAGCCCCUGGCCCUGAGCCGCCCGGGGGUCCUGAGCCAGCAGAGGGGGGCGGGGGCAGCGUGGCCACGGCAGGGGCUGGAGCAGAGGAGGAGCAGCUGGACACGGCGGAGAUCGCCUUCCAGGUGAAGGAGCAGCUGCUCAAACACAACAUCGGGCAGCGCGUGUUCGGCCACUACGUGCUGGGGCUGUCCCAGGGCUCGGUCAGCGAGAUCCUGGCCCGGCCCAAGCCCUGGCGCAAGCUUACGGUGAAGGGCAAGGAGCCCUUCAUCAAGAUGAAGCAGUUCCUGUCGGACGAGCAGAACGUGCUGGCGCUGAGGACCAUCCAGGUGCGGCAGCGAGGCAGUAUCACCCCAAGAAUCCGCACGCCAGAGACCGGCUCGGAUGACGCCAUCAAGAGCAUCCUAGAGCAGGCCAAGAAGGAGAUCGAGUCACAGAAAGGGGGAGAGCCCAAGAACUCAGCAGCCCCGCUGAGCAUCACCAACGGCACAGCCCCUGCCAGUACCACCUCGGAAGACGCCAUCAAGAACAUUCUGGAGCAAGCACGCCGCGAGAUGCAAGCGCAGCAGCAGGCCCUGCUGGAGAUGGAGGCCGGCGCCCGGGGCCGCUCGGUGCCUCCCUCGCCCCCAGAGCGGCCCUCACUGGCGGCCGUGAGCCAGAACGGGGCCCCGACGCUCGUCAAACAGGAGGACAGCGGUGUCGGCAGCGGGGGAACCAGCAGCAGCGGCACGCAGACCUCCCUCACGGUCCUGUCCCCCGCCGCCUUCGUGCAGAGCAUCAUCCGGAAGGUCAAGUCGGAGAUCGGCGACGCCGGCUAUUUCGACCACCACUGGGCCUCGGACCGCGGCCUGCUCAGCCGCCCCUACGCCUCUGUCUCGCCCUCACUCUCCUCCUCCUCCAGCUACUCCGGCCAGCCCAAUGGGCGGGCCUGGCCUCGUGGGGACGAGGCCCCUGCUGUCCCCGAGGACGAAGCGGCGGGGAGCGAGGACGAGCCCCCCAGAGUGGGCGAGCUCAAGGCUGAGGGGGGAGGCCCUGAAGGGGGCGGCGGUGGGCGCCUGGCCUACUACCCAGCCUACGUGCCCCGCACGCUGAAGCCCACCGUGCCGCCCCUGACCCCCGAGCAAUACGAGCUCUACAUGUACCGCGAGGUGGACACCCUGGAGCUGACGCGCCAGGUCAAGGAGAAGCUGGCCAAGAAUGGAAUCUGCCAGAGGAUCUUCGGGGAGAAGGUGCUGGGCCUGUCACAGGGCAGUGUGAGCGACAUGCUGUCCCGGCCGAAGCCGUGGAGCAAGCUGACGCAGAAGGGGCGGGAGCCCUUUAUCCGCAUGCAGCUGUGGCUCUCAGACCAGCUUGGCCAGGCCGUGGGCCAGCAGCCCAGCGCCUCCCAGGUCAGUCCCACUGAACCAAGGUCCUCGCCAUCCCCACCCCCUAGUCCCACGGAGCCACCGGAGAAGAGCUCCCAGGAGCCCCUGAGUCUGACUCUGGAGAGCAGCAAGGAGAACCAGCAGCCAGAGGGACGCUCCAGCUCAUCACUGAGUGGGAAGGUUUACUCGGGCAGCCAGACUACAGGGGGCAUCCAGGAGAUUGUGGCCAUGUCCCCCGAGCUGGACACGUACUCCAUCACCAAGAGGGUCAAAGAGGUCCUCACAGACAACAACCUAGGGCAGCGGCUCUUCGGGGAGAGCAUCCUAGGGCUGACCCAGGGCUCCGUGUCUGACCUGCUCUCCCGCCCCAAACCCUGGCACAAGCUGAGCCUGAAGGGCCGGGAGCCCUUUGUGCGCAUGCAGCUGUGGCUCAACGACCCCCACAACGUGGAGAAGCUGAGAGACAUGAAGAAGCUGGAGAAGAAAGCCUACCUGAAGCGCAGGUACGGCCUCAUCAGCGCUGGCUCAGACAGUGAGUCUCCAGCCACCCGCUCCGAGUGCCCCAGCCCCUGCCUGCAGCCCCAAGACCUGAGCCUCCUGCAGAUCAAGAAGCCCCGAGUGGUGCUGGCCCCCGAAGAGAAGGAGGCGCUGAGGAAGGCCUACCAGCUGGAGCCCUACCCCUCCCAGCAGACCAUUGAGCUCCUCUCCUUCCAGCUCAACCUCAAGACCAACACCGUCAUCAACUGGUUCCACAACUACAGGUCCCGGAUGCGCCGGGAGAUGUUGGUGGAGGGGACCCAAGAGGAACCAGACCUCGACCCCAGUGGGGGUCCUGGCAGCCUACCGCCAGGCCACUCCCACCCAGACCCCACCCCACAGAGCCCCGACUCGGAGGCCGAGGACCAGAAGCCUACGGUGAAGGAACUAAAGCUUCAGGAGGGUCCCGAGGAGAGCGUCACCCACCUGACCUCCCAGGAGAAGACUCCAGUGAGGAUUAAGCAGGAACAGACUGAGGAGGCCGAGGAACAAGCCUGCAGCCAGGACUCAAAGGAGCCGGACAAAGGCCAAGGCUCCCCCCGAGAGGUGCAUCCUGACCCUCUGGGUGAUGACGGACUCCCCAAAGCAGCCCCAGGGCUCCUCCUCCCAGGCGGGACCACCCCAGCCUGCCCCUCGCUGCACCCCCUCCCGGAGAGUGAGGGCGGGGAGCGGCUACACCCGGACCCCCUAAGCUUUAAGUCCGCCUCAGAGUCCUCCCGCUGCAGCCUGGAGGUGUCGCUGAACUCGCCCUCGGCCGCCUCCUCGCCAGGCCUCAUGAUGUCCGUGUCGCCUGUCCCUUCCUCCUCAGCCCCCAUCUCCCCAUCCCCACCCAGCACCCUGCCUGCCAAGGUGCUGAGUGCCAGCCCCACCGCCGACACAACCGCGGCCUUGCACCCCAGCACCAAGGUGAACCCCAACUUGCAGCGGCGGCACGAGAAGAUGGCCAACCUGAACAGCAUCAUCUACCGGCUGGAGAGGGCUGCCAAUCGGGAGGAGGCCCUGGAAUGGGAGUUCUGAAGGUGGAGGCGAGGGGCGCGCCGGGGGGCCACCGGCUGUCCCAGACAGGACGGGGCCUGGAAGGGAGGCGCUGGCGCAGCCAUCACAGCGUGGACAGCAGCUUCACGGCCCCGCCGUUUUCCGUUUUUGUUGCAAUCUGAGCUCUAUGAAGUCACGAGUGAGCAGGUAGGGCCGGAGCCCCUGCCGCCUCUUUACGACUCCCCCCGGCCCCAGGGAGCACCAUCUUCUCCCUGCUGGCCUCUCUACCAGAGGCAGAAGCAAAGUGGAGCCACAUUUUCACUUGGAAGCUCCAAACUCUUUUAGAAAAAUAAAUAUUUAUAGACCACUUUUAGAUAUUUUAAUAAAGGAUCCUUUGGAAUUUAUUCCCAGCUAAUGCUGUUUUGAUAUUAACAGAGAGUUAUAAAAUCAGGAUGCUGUCACAACUGUUGCGAAGUAUACACUGAAGUUGUGUCGUUUUUUUUGCCACUAGAUGAGAUUAAAAGGAGAGAAUUGUUCAAAGCCAUCACAAAACACUAAGACUGACCAAAAUCUAGAUAACCUUUGAACCACGGUUCAUUUUUUUCCAUGUCUGUCUGUGAGACACAGUGCAUUGCUACUGCCCUUCCAGAAACCAUGUUGAAAAGACCAAGUCCAAACGACUCUAAAGGAAAACUUCGAUGCCGUGAGGGUGUGUUUCAUUCCGGUGGUCUGUUUCGCAACCUUGACAACACAGAAUGUCUUGUGCUGUUGUAAGUAUUGUAGAGACGUGGGCUGUGGCCAGCCAUCCCCUCUGAGCUGUAACAUGGUACAACACAGGCCGCUUACGCUCCCUCUCGUCAGGAACCUGUGGACCACAGCGGGUGGAUAUCCCAUCUCGUCCACCUGAAAGGCAAGACGUGGUUCCAGAUCCUUUGGAAAGCCCGGUACGGGGGCGAGAGGUUAGAGGGUAGUGCUUGAACCAGAGUGACGCCAUUCCUCAACCUGAAUCGUGGCCACAGCAUGGGAAGUUUCCCUAUUGGCUUUCCAGAGCAAGACUGUGGCUGCCAUCUUUCCCCUCCUUGUGUUUGAAGAAAAUAACAGUGUUGGUCAUCCCACAAGCAUCCAGCUCAGCACCCCACACCAAAAAAUAGAUUCAUCAGACUAGAGACCCCCAACUCCUCUCUCAUCAUCUUCCUUCUCAAGUUGACCCUGGUGCUUUCUGGAAAGCAUCUGCACCUCCAGGUUUGUGCGGAAUGAAGCUCAAAGGUUUGAGUUCACUGCAGCAUGACCACUACAUCCCAGUCUCCAAGUCCAGCCUCCUGUCUUCUAACACAUGACCUUCUUGAGAACAAAGACUCAGCACCCCAACUCAGAGAAGCCCUCCCUCCAGCGUCUUUAUCAUCUUGGUUUUUAGGGGGAGAGCUCUCAAUCUGGAUGGACCAGCCACCAUACCCUGUCACCAACACAGCAGCACCCCUGUCCUAGCUGUGUAACUAGGGCCUCAGUCUCCCCAUCUGUAAAAUGGGGAUAUCACAGCAGCCAUAUCGGCUCCAUCCAGAAUGACAAUGAAAAGGUGGUCGUCAUGCUGCCAACCCAGUACCAGAGGGAGAGAUGGCUGACAGGGAUUUCAAGGAUGCAACAAAUAUCUUGAAACCCAGGCCAACAAAUUCCAUUGAGCAGAAGGGAUCAGUUGAGGGCCGUUCAGAAAUCUCAACUCUCAUGCACCCAGCCCAGGCUGCAGUCUCCACACCAGUCAUAAAGAACAACACAGACCCUGCUGGAAAACCUUUUCCAUACACCCAGGCUAUGCAUUGAAGAGUUUUCCACUGUAUACAUUUUUAUCCAGAUGAAGGUAUUUUUAUAUUUUGACAGUAGGAAACAGUGACCAAUUUUCAGAGUAAUCAAAUCUGGAACAAAUGAAAAAUCUCCUUUUAGCCACCACCACCCUGUCCCAACUAAGGCAAUCGUGGGAGACACACCACUUUUUACUGUUGAAAGCCACACAACACUGAAAUCCAGGCUUACAUGCAGACUGCAGUUCUUAAAGGACUAAAUCUGGCUUUUGUGUGACGGGAUUUGAUUAAGCACUUAGCAUAUAGUCUUUUGAACAUGGAAAAUCCUGUUAUACUUAAAGCUGGCAGACCUGUGAACAACUUUGUCAGGUUCAUGUCCUGUAACGGUAAACAGAACAAAAACCCACAAAACCGUUUCUAUGAGAGAUUGAUGAACUUUGUUUAAAUUAAAAAGAAAAAAAGGAACACGUUCUGUAAUAAACGCGUCGCUCAAUACAGAAUUGUAUAAUAAUG